UCUUCCGACCCGAGCCCCAUUCUAUCUCCGCUCACAAUACUUUCAUUCUUUCUCUCUUUCUCUCUCUUUCUCUCUCUCUCUCUUCUUCUUUUUUCUUUUUUCAUAAUAGAAGAUCUAUCUCCAUCUUAUGACACAAUCUUUCCCUCUUCCACUCCCAUCCCUCAGAUUAUAUUAACCUCUCUCUCACAAUCUUCCUCACACCACAACGCCAUUUCGCCACAGCCCACAGGUUUCAACUUGGAUUAAGGUAAUUAUUGGUUCCAAUAUGAGCUCUCGGACAAGCAGGGUGCCUGCUGUUAGAAGUUACCGGCGGAGGAAGGCAGUUUUGGACCUUGACCUUAACCGAGUACCGGCUGGUGACAAUCCGGCUGGUGAAAAUCGCGAGCAGGAGGGACCUUCCACUCAGUUGGGGCCUCAAGAAGUAGAAGUUCAAGCUAACCAGCAACCGCUAAUUGUACAACUACCACCUCCCAUGAUUGAUGUGGAGGCCAUUGAUGAUGAUGUUAUUGAAUCAUCCCCAAGGGCUUUUGCUGAGGCUAAAAACAAUUCAAGAAGAAAUCGUGGGAGGACUAUAGUUGAUGUGGAUUUAGAGGAGCAGAGUAGGGUAAUCAACAAUAAUCGCAACAAACGAAGGAGAGAACCUCCAAAUCAAUCAAUUAUUAAUUGUGAUCUUUAUAUAAAUUUGGAAGGCGGUAGCAGCUCUACGUUGGAAAGUGUCAAAAAGCCACCUGAGCCUCCAAAGGAACCUGUCUUCAGUUGUCCAAUAUGUAUGGGCCCUUUGGUGGAAGAAAUGUCGACAAGGUGUGGUCAUAUAUUUUGCAAGACUUGUAUCAAGGCUGCUAUAAGUGCUCAGGCUAAAUGUCCUACCUGUAGAAAAAAGAUUACUGUGAAAGAGCUCAUAAGGGUGUUUCUCCCAACAACUGGUUGAGGAUUUCUGUGCAAGCUGGGCUGAUGAAGAUGAUGGGAGAUGGAAGAAACCUUGUACUUCGGAGAUUACCGAGUGGUUUUGUUGUUUCUAAGUUUCCCUUGGCAGACUAAGUAGCUGUUUGUCUAAGUUAAUUUAUCAUAUAAAUACAUGAAGAUGUUUGGUGCAUACAAUCUCGUGCUCAGCUUUUUUUGAGCUCUCAUGUUCUGAAUCAUUCGUCUAUCUUUUCUUUGUUGUGACCUAUUCUUGACUCCAGGGAUUGAUGUAUGUAUAUUAAAAUUCUUCACGAUUUAUCCAUAGAAUUCGUUUACCCAUUAUUGCAGCAGUUUGGCAUUA